AAGGAAUGCGGAAAAGAGAUACGAAAGCAUACCGAUGAGCUUAAUUUAAAAAUAUGGUAAGUUUUUGGAUGUGAAAUGGACUGGUUCUGAGCCAGCGAGACUCCGCGAUUUUCCGCAGAUCAUCUCGAUUAUUGUUGCCGUGAUACGUGACGGUCUUUUGUUUCGAAGGUAGCUUGGUUUCGAGAAGAGCGAGAUUAGACGACACGGACGAAACGCGACGUUCGAAACAUUCUCGAUUCGACUCUCCGCAUUUCCCAUUGCCACCCAACAACUGCGACAAGAAUGUUCGAAGAACAUUGCGUGCUGCAGUCGAUGCGAUUCCCGCAGAAGCUCUGGCGAAUAGUGAACGAAUGCCAGACCGGGGCGAUACGAUGGGGUGCGAAUGGCGAUACCGUACUGCUCGAUUACAAGAGAUUUCAGACAGAGUACUUGGACGCACGCCGGCCCAUCUUCAAGACGAGCAACAUUACGAGCUUCAUUCGGCAGCUGAAUCUUUACGGUUUCCGCAAGGUGACCUCCCACAGCCGCGAUCCAAUUUGCAAUUCCUACAACCCGCACGUGCACGAGUUUCUGCAUGACAAUUUUCGCGCCGAUCGUGUCGACCUAUUAUCCAAGGUAUGCCGAAAGACCGGUGGAAAGAACAAAUGCUUGCAGUACGAGAUUACAAAAAGCGCGGAGGAGAGUCCGCGAUUACAGGCGAAUUGCGUAUCCCGCUUAAAACUGUGUCAGUUGGCUUUGACUAAAACUUUAGAGCAAAUUAUUCAAGAAUAUCGGCGAGAACACGAAAAAAGACCAAUUGUAAUGCAGAGAGAGGAUAAUAGUCCGAAAAAAAUAACAAACUCCCAAGACACAGUUCCUCUUUUAUACGAGGUCGAAUUUAACAAUGUUCCGAAUCGAAAAUCUGUCCUAGAACGGAAUGAAAAAUAUUCUUCGUUUCUUCCUUCAAACAUCAAUUCGUCCAAAGGCAAAACAAUGUCAUUACCUUGGUAUAUCGCUACGACAGAUAAAUGCAAUCUACAUUUUAACAUUCCAGACAUUCAUUGAAAUUAACUUGAAACUGCUGGUUUUAAUGUUUCCUCUUAAGCAAUAUUCACAUUACUUAUGAUAAAGUUUCCUAAUGUGAUAUGUAUUUUCGAUCUGUUAAAUUAAUUUAAUAUAAUGUGACAAUAAAACUAGUUAUCACAUAUACACGCAUUAAUAAAAUAUGUAAAUGUUUAUGUUAUAAUUUUAAAAGGAUUGUAAGAUGUUGACAAUGUUGACAUGUAAAACAAAUAAAAAAUAGCAAGAUCUGUCUUUAUGUAAAUAUAGUCAACAUUAUCAUCAUUAUCAACAAUAAAAAUAGAGAGCUUAAAAUUUUAUUUAUUUUAUGGUAAAUAAGCUAACCAUAAUUCUUUAAUCAAAAAGCAUUAUAUAUAUAUAUA